CUAUCGUUUGUUACAUGUGGUUCACGGAAACCCACCAAGUAUCAUCCUGUCUUCUCUCUCGCCAGCACUCCAUGAGAAAAAGCUUCAGUCUUUAACUGGUCGCCAGCUCAAGCAUCCAAGGCCAGCUGCAGGGAAGAAGAAGCCAUACUCUCUUCUUCGUCCAUGGCCUUCUCCUCUCCCAUCUUCGCCGGCCUUCCGACCGUCGCAGUCUCCGUAAAGGCCUGCAGCACCAAAAUAAACGGUAGAGCUACGCGACGCCAAGAAUCCAAUAGGUUUCUUUCGGCCUCGCCCAUCUCUCUCCCCCGUUCUCGAGCUCUCGAGGUGGCUAUUCCUUUGGCCGCCUCCGCUGCCAUUCUUCUGUGGCCCAAUCCAGUGCAUGCUGGGAUUCUCUCAGGGUUCUCAGGUUUGGAAUCAAUUCCUGGCCCCCAGCUACCUCAAAUUGAUUUCCUCAACAAAUGGAAUGAGGAAAACCAGAAGAAGUACGCUGAGUUUGACAAAAGAUUCAAAUCAUCUACUGUGCUUAAAGAACUCUUGGAGAGGUCUAAACUGAAUAAGGAAAGGAAUCGGAGGGAAAUUGAAGACAAGUAUUGCUUGCGUGGUGCAGAGUGGGGUGUAGGAGAUUGCUCCACAGAAGGCAUGACACAAGAAGAAAGAGACGACUUUGUUGGAUUGUUGAAAAAGAGAGUUGGAGGAGACUAAACUAACCAUAAUGCCACGCACUCCCCACCCCUGCGACCCCCGCCCCCUCCCAAAUUUUCGAAGAGAGGUAACUUGAGGUUUACUUGCCAAUAUCCUCAAAGAUAAACAGGACAGGCAUUUUUCUAUAAUCCAGUAUUAGCUGAUUGUUAUUGAAUUGGGCUCAAUUCAAGUGGCUUCAUGUUAUGAUGAAAGAUUCAGAUAAUGAGAAAUUGUGAUUGACAUGCUUCCCAAAAUAUGCUGUUUUUAUAAUGGCAAUGACCAACAUUGGUCUGAUGCAUUUGUUAUUACUACUAAAUCAGUUUUAUUGCUAAAAUAAUUUUACCAUUUGUUUGAUGGA